GUUUUCUCGUCAUCGCUGAUGUGUCGCUCUGCUUGAGAGAGAAUGGCGGCAGCAACUUCGAGCGCAUCGCCAUGGCAGGCGACUCUUUGGCAUUAUAGUAACAGUUUUUAUCAGAAAGAUGAUCCCUUUCCUUGUUAUUAUAAUCUUUAUUUUAAUAAUAAUAACAACAAUUCCAAAAGGCGUUUCCUUUCCUCUAACAUUGACAACCAUGUUGGUGUUUAUUCUCCUUCUUCUUCCUCGAAGCUUUUGCCGAUUCAUGCCCAUUUCUCGUCCUCGGGGUGUGGAUGUUCUUGGAUGCAAGAGAAUUCAAUGGUUAAUGUAUCAGCAACUGGUAAUGAUAGAUUGAUGCAAUGCUUGGCAUUACCAACCAGGGCGGUGGAUGUUGCUUCGGUGCAAGAUCUUUUCCAGUUCAUAAGCUCGGGCCCUCUCAUAGACAAAUUGGAUCUUACUCCAGAAAAAAUUGGAGAAUCCAUUGACAAAUGGCUAAUGUAUGGUUCACAGCUCUGCAGACUGUUUCAGCUUAACGAGCUCCGUCUCACGGUUCCUCAGAAAGCCAGGAUAUACCAUUACUAUAUACCCGUCUUUGUAUGGUGCGAAAAUCAGAUUGCUCUGCACAAUUCAAAGUUCGAAGAUGGUGAAGAUGUACCUCCACUAGUGAUUGGUUUUAGCGCGCCACAAGGGUGUGGUAAGACGACGCUUGUGUUUGCUCUUGAUUAUCUUUUCAAAACUACCAGCAGGAAGUCGGCAACCAUAUCCAUAGACGAUUUCUACCUGACAGCAGAAGGCCAGGCCAAACUGAGAGAAGCAAAUCCGGGAAAUGCACUGUUGGAGUUCCGUGGAAAUGCUGGUAGUCAUGAUCUUGAAUUAUCCGUGGAAACGCUAGAAUCUCUGACUAAAAUGACCAGAGAAGGCAUUAAGAUGAAAGUGCCUCGGUAUGAUAAGUCUGCUUAUAAGGGGAGGGGUGACCGAGCUGAUGCUUCGACGUGGCCGGAAGUUUCAGGACCUUUAACGGUUAUUCUCUUCGAGGGGUGGAUGCUCGGUUUCAGACCACUUCCAUCGGAAGUCGUUAAAGCAGUUGAUCCUCAGUUGGAGACAGUGAAUAAGAACCUCGAAGCUUAUUACAACGCAUGGGACAAGUAUAUCGAUGCUUGGGUCAUCAUCAAGAUUAAGGACCCGAGUUACGUCUACCAAUGGCGGCUGCAGGCUGAAAUCGCUAUGAGGCAGGCAGGGAAUCCCGGGAUGUCGGAUGAAGAGGUUAGGGACUUUGUUUCGAGGUACCUUCCUGCGUAUAAAGCGUAUCUCCCGACGCUCUAUUCGGAAGGACCGAGCGGUUCAGAAGCGGGACAGGUCCUCGUAGUUGAUAUCGAUGAAGAAAGGAACCCCAUUCUUGCAACUUAAAUCCGUGAAAAUCGAGAUCGUAACCGGCAAACCGAAAUAGUUGGAACUCAUGUCUGAAGUUAUAAAUUCUCUCUUAUGUUACAGUUCUUGCCCUAUUUCUCAGUUCUCUCUUUAUCCCUCUCUGCCCCAUGUAUACAUAGAGUACUGUGUGUUCAUUGUCAUCAUCCUUUUUUUCUUUUUUUUUUAAAUGACAAGUAAAUAUUAUCAUGCAUUUUUGUCUUUU